AUGCCGUCAGCUUUGGAUAUGGAGCCGUUCAGUCAGCCUGAAUGGAGUGAUUCCAGUGAUUCCUCUGGACCUGCACCUUUACCGCAAUUGGGUUACUUCGUCCCAUUCAGAUGUAGAUGUGAUGGUAGAUCGACGAAACAUUUGUGUAGGAGAAGCAAAAGAGAAUCUCCCCGUAGCCGUCGUUCUGUGUCACAAUGUUCGUGCAGUUCACGAAGAUCGUCCCUCGCCUCACCAGCGCUACCACCUCUCAACAAUACCGUGGAAAUGUACGUGGAGCCUGUCGUCGAAGAUGUGAGUACAAAUAUUCUUUGA